UGUGGGGAGACAGGGGCCUUCCAGGUGGUGAUGGACAGUUAUGUCAGAGAGGAGGAGGGGACAGGAGUCGUCCACCAGGCGCCAUACUUUGGAGCUGAUGAUACCGUGUGUGUAUGGAGAACAACAUCUGCCAGAGAGACCAGGCUCCUGUCUGUCCUGUUGACUCCUCUGGGUGCUUCACUGAUGAAGUCACUGACUUUGUGGGACAGUAUGUCAAGGAUGCUGACAAGAACAUCAUCAAAUGGCUGAAGGAACGGGGUCGUCUGGUCAACAGCGGCUCUUUCAAGCAUAGCUACCCUUUCUGUUGGAGAUCUGACACUCCUCUGAUCUACAAGGCUGUUCCUAGCUGGUUUAUUCGGGUCGAACACAUGGUGGAGAAGCUGCUGGAAAACAAUGACAAAUGCUACUGGGUUCCUGAGUUUGUGCGGGAGCGUCGUUUUGGUAACUGGCUGAGGGAUGCGCGUGAUUGGGCCGUUUCCAGGAACCGCUAUUGGGGCACGCCCAUCCCCCUCUGGUGCAGCGAUGACUUUGAGGAGGUGGUGUGUGUAGGAUCCAUGGCUGAGCUGGAGGAGUUGACAGGAGUGAAAGUAACUGAUCUGCAUCGGGAGAGCAUUGACCAGUUGACUAUCCCGUCCCGCUGUGGUAAAGGCGUGUUGCGCAGGGUCACUGAGGUGUUUGACUGCUGGUUUGAGUCGGGCAGCAUGCCCUACGCCCAGGCCCACUACCCCUUUGAGAACAGGAAGGAGUUCGAAGACACCUUCCCUGCUGACUUCAUUGCUGAGGGCAUCGACCAGACCAGAGGAUGGUUCUACACCCUCCUGGUGUUGUCCACCGCUCUGUUUGGAAAACCACCGUUCAAGAACGUCAUCGUCAACGGACUGGUGCUGGCCAGCGAUGGACAGAAGAUGAGUAAACGCAAGAAGAACUACCCUGAUCCAGGUCUGGUUGUGGAGAACUAUGGAGCCGAUGCCCUGAGGCUCUACCUAAUCAACUCCCCGGUAGUGAGAGCUGAGAACCUGCGUUUCAAAGAGGAAGGAGUCAGAGAUGUUCUGAAGGAUGUGUUCCUCCCCUGGUACAACGCAUACCGCUUCCUGGUUCAAAACGUCCAGCGUCUCCACAAGGAGGACGGCAUCAGCUUCCUGUACAACGAGGCCACAGCCAAGCGCAGUGACAACAUCAUGGACAAAUGGAUCCAGUCCUUCACCCAGUCUCUCAUCCAGUUCUUCAAAGCUGAGAUGGAUGCUUACAGGCUGUACACGGUGGUGCCAAAGCUUGUCAAGUUUGUGGACAUGCUGACCAACUGGUACGUGAGGACCAACCGUAGGCGUUUCAAGGGAGAGAGUGGAACAGAGGACUGUCUGGGGGCUCUGGAGAAUCUCUUCAGUGUUCUGUUCUCCAUGUGCAGACUGAUGGCUCCCUUCACCCCGUUUAUUACAGAGAUGAUGUACCAGAACCUGCGUCACCUGAUCGACCCCGCCUCUGUAGAGGAGAAGGACUCCAGUAGCAUCCACUACCUCAUGUUGCCUCUCGUCAGGGAGUCGUUGAUUGACAAGCGUAUAGAAAGUGCGGUGUGUCAGAUGCAGUCUGUCAUUGAGCUUGGACGAGUCAUCCGAGACCGCAGGACUCUGCCCGUUAAGUAUCCCUUAAAGGAGGUGGUAGUGAUCCACCAAGAUCCAGAAGCUCUGAGAGACAUCACCUCCCUGCAGAAAUACAUCCUGGAGGAAUUGAAUGUCCGCCAGUUGACCUUGUCCACGGACAAAGACAAGUACGGCAUCAGCCUGCGGGCUGAACCGGACCACAUGGUGCUGGGAAAGAGGCUGAAAGGAGCCUUCAAAUCCAUUACGGCGUCCAUUAAAGAGCUGAAGAGCGAACAGCUGGAGACCUUCCAGAAGACUGGCUCCAUCGUGGUGGACGGUCAGGAGCUUCAUGAGGAAGACCUGAGGUUGAUGUACAGCUUCAACCAGACCUCUGGCUCAGCGACACAGUACGAGGCCCAUUCUGACUCACAGGUGCUGGUGCUGUUAGAUGUCACUCCAGACCAGUCCAUGCUGGAUGAGGGUGUGGCUCGUGAGGUCAUCAACCGCAUCCAGAAACUACGCAAAAAGGGUCACCUGGUACCGUCUGAUGAGAUCACAGUGUACUACAGCUGUGAGCCGGCAGGUGAUUACCUGGACCAUGUGAUCCAGGCCCACACAGACUUCAUCCUUGCAACCACUAAGGCACCACUCAAGACCUACCCCGUCCCCAAGGACUCCAGCGUCAUCGUGCAGGAGAAAACACAGUUGAAGGGUUCGGACCUGGACCUGACUAUAGUGAAGGGAGCAGCCGCCCCUCGAGCACCUCUGACUGGACCAGCCUGUGCCUACAUCAACCUCCAACUCAAACUCAACAACAAGGAACAAGAGGGUGUGGUUCUCCUGGAGAACCCUAAAGGAGAUAUCUGUCUGGACAUGGCCAAGCUGAGACAGGUCUGCUCCAGUCUCUUUGGUCUCAACAACACCACGCUCUGUGUUUUCAACGGCAAGACUGAGUUGACUGGUAAGUGUGAUCUGCUGUCUCUGAAUGGGAAAACCCUGUCGGUGACAUCAGGCUCCAAUCCCAGUGACUCCUCUCCCAACUCUGACUCACUGGUGUGUCCCUACGUCAACCUCCAACUGGCCAACUGUCAGCCUGCUGAGUGUAAGAGUGGAGAUGUGGGGACCCUGCUGCUGGUCAAUCCUGUCGGACAUGACUACCUGACCCACAAUGCUUUGCUGUCUGAGACGGCUAAGUUGUUCGGCCUCCGCAGCCGUAGGCUGAAGCUCUACCUGGACGAUGCACUCACCCAAGAAAUCCCAGCAGAGUGGUCAAUGAAGACGCUGGACAGGAAGACUCUGUACGUUGGAGUUCUGCCCACCACUGCAGAGGCAUAGGACCGGGAACAGCCAGACUGUAGAAGAGGGAGGAACAGCCAGGAACAGCCACACUGUAGAAGAGGGAGGAACAGCCACACUGUAGAAGAGGGAGGAACAGCCACACUGUAGAAGAGGGAGGAACAGCCAGGAACAGCCACACUG